AUGGCGACCUACGUCUACAGAGAGCGAGAGCGCGAGCGCGAGCGCGACUGGGACGAACCCCGGUCUUCCGUGUCCAUCAAGCGUUACGUCAUUCCCUCGGAAGAUGAGCAUGAUCGCGAUUUUUUCCACCGCCGCGACGACCCUGGGGAUCGGGAGGUGGUGAUCCGCCGCUCAGUCGACCGGGAGGAGCCCGUCAUGGUGCAGCGCUACGAACGUGAGGUCGAUUACGAGUCGCGUCCGUUUGACUAUCGCUCGGAGAGAGACUACUACGAACGUGAGUACAGCGUGCCCGAGCACAUUCACAGCUACCCCGCCCCCGUUGUCAUUCGUGAAGCCCAGCCGGUAAUCUUUCUUCAAGCGCGAGGGCCAGUCUACGUCAACCCGCGGGAAUCCGACUACGAAGUUAUUCGUCGGUCCGAGGUGGACAGGGAGCCGGGAGGAUACUACUAUCAUCGCCGAGUUCGGGAGUAUGAUGAUGACCGGCGUACUCGGCGUGAGAUCAGCCCCAGUGACUCCGUCUCCCAGGCCACCCGUCGCCGGGAGGGUCAAGAUGAGUACAGCAGUGAUGACAGCAUGGUCUACAUUCGCAAGGAAGUCAGAGAAUAUGACGACCCCCAACACCGGCGCCAUCUGGCGGAGGGUGCCUUGGUGGGAGUUGGUGCCGCAGAGCUCCUCCGCAACCACCGAAAAAAGGAGGGGGAGGAAGUCUCGGGCGGGAUUGGCCGUCUAGGGCGGGACGUGGGCGCGGGGGCUUUGGGUGCAGUUGCGGCGGAAGCAGUCUCGCGUGCAAGGGACCACUAUCGCAGCAAAAGCCGACAUCGCUCUCACUCAUUUGACGAUGGCCGGAGGUCUCACUCACGCCACCACCGUCACUAUCAUCGCAGCCAUGGCCGUCGCAGCCGCAGCCGGUCUCACUCUCAUUCUCGUGCGCGGACUCUCGCAGAACUUGGCCUGGGCGCUGCCGCCAUCGCUGGAGCCGUGGCGUUGGCGCGAAAUAAGUCGAACUCGAACAAAGAACGACGGAGCCGCUCGCGUCAUCGUCACGCCUCCAGCUCCCGCAGGAGGUCGGUCAAGGGUACUGAUGAGGAGAGACGCAGCCAGUCCGAGCGCAAGAAGCACAUGGCUGAGGCUGGUCUGGCUGGAGCGGCAGUGGCAGGUCUUGUAGAGAAGGCCCGCAGCCGUUCACGCUCGCACCGACGGGAUCGGUCACGAUCACACAGCGCCCUCAGAAAAGCGCUCCCUGUGGUAGCCGCUGGACUGGGAACCGCCGCUGUCACCGGGCUGUAUGAGAAGAACAAAGAGAAGAAAGAAGAAGAUGAGACACGCCGCAGAGAGCGCCGAAGGUCGAGAUCGCGAAGCAGAGCCGCGUCGGACAUCUACCCGGACCCAAGACGGGAGUCGCCUGGAUUGAUUGAGUACGGCGAUCAUCCAGUUCAUGGAAACAUACCUGCCAACUACUACGGCCGACCGGUGACGCCGCAUGGUUACUACUCGGAUGCUUCUGACCCCGUGGCAAGCGGUGCGGCCGGAUUUGCCUCUUCGCAUCGGGCUCGCAGCCGCAGCCGCAGUCGCGGCCGGGGGGUGCGGUACAGCAGCGACUCUUCUGACUCGGACAGCGGCAGCCGUAGAAGACAUCGAAGUCGUCAUGACCGGCAUCGCAGCCGCUCUCGUGGCAUCGCCGAGGCCGCGUUAGCCGCCGGAGGGGUAGGCUAUGCGGCCCACAAGCUUUCACAACAUAAUGAGCGCAAGAAGGCGGAGAGGGACAAAGACAGGCCUGAGUCGGACGACGAUGGACACCGGGGACCAUAUGACGGCUCGUACAACAACCCGCCUUAUGCGCCCUCUCCUGCAACCGCGCCACGGCCGAUCGAUGAUCAUCAGUAUUAUCCAAACAACAACUACUUCCCCCCUCCCCCGGGCUCUGCGCCAGGCCCAGAACCAGCGUCCUACAGCCCGGCCGACUAUCCACCCCCACCUGGCGCGGUGCCUCCACAGUCUUACGACUAUGCCGCGCGCCCAGGACCGGAUACGUACGCGCCUCGGCCUCGGAGGGCAGAUGAGAAUGUGAGUGCAUCAAACUCUCCCCGCCCCACAGCCCAAGACCGCAUACUUGAUGGUCUAGAAGUACCGUCGCCGCCAAGAACGCCCCGUGCGAAAAGGCGACCGCGCGCAGUCAGCCAGCCCGCCAGGCCGAAGUCGGUUGCCUUCAAUCUACAUGCGGAACAGGAACGCCAGAGGGAUCUCGGAUAUGAAACUGAUGAUAGCGAUUCCACCGUCGAGUUGAUACACGGAAGUCGCAGCCGGCCCCGACCCCGCCGUCACUCCUCGUCUGAGCCAUACUCCUUGGAUUGGUCGAAAGCUCAGGAUUGCACUUAUGGGGCCGAGUCGGACUCGGAAUCCACGAUUGACCUGCCCGACCGGUUUGACCCGCAAGGACGCCUCCUGCCCGAGCCCGACGAUGAUCCAUUGGCAGACCGGUUCGAGCAACUCGUCAAGGGUAUCAACCGCGUGUUUGCGUAA